CGACGUCCACUCCGCGCGGUCCGCCCGUCAUUUCCCGCGACGGCAAACAAACCCCCUAUAUUUAUACCUAAGUACCAAUAUAACCACGUGAUUCGAAAACCGCGCCAUUUUUUUUGUUUUUAUUUUUUUUACCAAUUUACAUUUCGAACGGGAAACGACGUAACGCGAUUCGAUUAGUUGAUUCGAUGUUCUCAAUUUAAAUUGUAGUGUUUCAGACUAACGGGGUGACAAAUGUUUUAGUGCAUUUUUGAGGAUACAUUGUGGAUUCUUUUUUAGAAGAAUUCGCAACACGACCCCGACAUCGAGAAACCGCACGAAUCGAUACGAAUUACGAUAACAAGACAACCGUACUCUAGUAGUACGAGGCAAAGACCGCGGACGAUCGAGACGUAGUCCCGAAUUGUGAUAACGAAGCCGGGGACGCCGAAAAUAUGGCGUCCACCGACACAUCGACCACCAGCAGUCAGAUAUCCGCCGUAGCAGCUGAGGAACACAAGCGUACCGUCGACGAAGCAUUCUUGAACAAGAUGAAAGGCCUCGUCGAAAGGUUAAGGCUUGAGAACACGACCUUGAAGAAGUCGCUCGACAUCGAGCGGAGCGAGGUCCGAGCACUUAAGGCCCGCAAUGAGAGCACACUCAGAAACUUAAAGACUGAACACAGAAGGAAAGAAGAAUUCCUAGAAAAACAGUUAAGAUCCCCCAAACAAGAUAAGACAUCAGAUGGAAAUUCAAAUGAAAACAAAUUAAUAGAAAUAAAGAAAUUAACGAUAGAAAUUCAGUCUUUAAAGUCAGCAAAUAAGGGUCUUCAAGAAAAACUCAAGGUCGCGCAGGCGGCGGAGUGCGCUCGCGCGGCCGAGCUGCGCGCGCAAGCGGCCAAGCACAGCGCGCUCGAACAGGCCGCGCGGAGAGACGCACGCGCACAGUGCCAUAAACUGCUGGAGGAAAUUAAAUCGAAAGAGAGGGUGAUACUACAACUGAAGCGAGAGGCAGCGCGGACGGCAGUCAUUCAACAAAAUGAUCAGACGCAAAGAAUGGACUGCGGAGCAAGUGAGCUGGGCAGGAAACUGCGAGUUGACCAGGAAAAAGGGAAAACGAACCGAGAAAAUCUGAAAACAGGCAUACAACAUCGGAAAGAAACCUUUUACAGAGAGGCUCCGUCAGACGAGGAUUCAGCGGUGUCGUCCGCCCCUGCCUCGCUGUCACCCCAACCGCACAACGACAUGUGGUCAUGCGGCCAAUGCCGUUCGUCGGCGGAGCGCGCGUCAGCCGCUGCGCGAGAGUGCACGCGCCUAGCAGACGCUUUGCGAGACGCGCGCGACCAGCUCGAACUCAUGGAGUUCAGGCUGCUGGAGUUGGAAGACGCACACCCUGACAAGGGUGCCAGGGACAACCUGACCGACUCAGACUCGGGCUGCGUGUCCCCAGGCUCCCGCAUCAAGGACUCCGCGUCUCCCGAACUCAAACGAAUGGAUUCCGGAUACAAAUCCCCCCACGCCCCCAGCAGUCCCUGCAACCCCCGACGGCACUUGGGCACGCCACACGAUGACUUCAAAGAAGACUUCGCCAGGGCCCAAGUGUUAGCCGAUAUUCUAGACAAAAACUCCGAAACAACCAGUGAUUCCCUCAAAAGUAACCCAGUCAAAGAACACUUGGAGCAGAUGAUCUUGAAUGCGGCGUCAGCGGAGGACAGGGCCUGUUUGGAACAAGUCCUUAUGCUGUUAUACAACCUUCAAGCAUUGAGCAGUUCUGUCAGUGAAGACGAAUGCUAUCAGGCAAAACCGAGAAAAAUAUGUGACCUAAGAUUCAAACAAGAAACUGACAAAACUCAGAAGGCCAUCGCAACUGUUACACCAUAUCAGCAGAAAGGAUACAAAUGCGAGUCCUUGGAGAGUCUUUGCAGUGAAGAGCGGAAACCCACCAAUGUUCUGCAAGAGAGUGGCAUAUUUGAAGGUGUCGAGACAGAAUCAAAGUGUACCCAAACAGAUGUCAACGAAAGCUUUGAAUGUAGUGGUGAACUAAACACCGAAAUACAACGACUGAAUAGUAUAAGAGAGAAGUUAGAGAGACAAGGAGUUAGAAAUAGGACUUUAAGUACUAAGGAAGAUGGAGACGGCCUGGAGUGCAGGUGUGUGAAGUUGGGGAAGAAACACAAGCAGUAUUACGAGAGGAGGCUUAAGUUUUUGGAGGGAAAGAUCUCGAUUUACGAAGCGGCACAAGACGUUAAAGAGGCUAAGUUAGCACAGAGAUUGCAGAAAGAGUUCCUUCUUGAAAACAGAAUACAGGAACUCGAAUCGCAACUUUCCGAACUACAAGAUAAGUACGAGAGACUUGAGGAGGAUUGCUGUGAACUAGAAGAAAUCGAAAAUGACACCCGUUUACAUUGGCAACAGCUUGAGAUGGACUAUGAGCUCUGUUCAGCUCAGUUAAGAGACAUGACGGAGCAGCGAGAGUGUUCGCGGUCGCAGGCCGAGCGCCUCAUGGCCGAGCUCUCUAACAGGGAGUGCGCGUUGAAAGCCAGAGAGAAUGAGUUACGUACGAGACUGGAGAAGCUGGAGAAAGCAGUGCCGGCGCUGAUCGCGUGGAACGUCGUCCAAGCGGUGGGCGCUGACUUGUCCACUGGUGGCAAGCGAGCAUUAAUGAACCGCAUGAGCGGCUUCGGCGAGAGCACGAAGCAGGUUGUGUCGCAGCUGCGGCAGGAGUGCGAGCAGCACGGCGCGGCCGCGGCCUCGGCGCAGUGCGGCGCCGUCAUCGCUUGGAAUGACAUCCGCACCGGAUCCACUCCCCUUGAGACACAGCUGCGGAAAGAGGUCAACAAGUUAUUAGUGGAGAAGAAAGAAGUCGAGAAACAGACACAGCAAAUUAAAGAGAAACUUGAACUUCGAGUGCGAGAGUUGGAGGAAGAAUUAGAGAUUACUAAGAGACAGGUAGCGGUUACUAUCUGCGGUGGAGAAGUUAAGAAGGAGAAGAUUGAAGAGAAGAUCUCAGACUUAGAAUCACAGCUACGGAGAGAUACUGAAUCUGGAAAGCAACCCGCCGAUCCAUCAAUGGGAACUAAGAUCCGAGCCUUACUGAUCAGCGAACAAGACUUGAAGAACAGGGUAUCCGAGCUAGAACGAAGAGAAGCCGCCUACCUGGAGAUGUUAACCCAAGCAGAUGACAUGUGGGCAGAAAUGGAAGGCGGAUAUAAGAAGAGGAUCCAAGAGUCACAGGCUACGGAAUCAUCGCUUAAGGGAAAGGUCAGAAAACUAGAAAACGAGCGUGAACAAUACAAACGUUGCUUAGAGCCCCUGAAGCAAAAGUUAAGGGAAGUGCAAGAGUCAGAAUCUGGAAUGCGCAUAGCCUUGGAGAAAGCUGAGAGGGAUACCAAAAAUCUUAAAGAUCAGAACACAAACAUUCAUACUGCGCUCAAGAAGGCAGAAGCUGAAACCAAGAAGUCUGAAGAAACGUUGAAAGUUCUCGACGCUAAGUUCAAGGAUGAAAUUGAAAAACUUCGAAAACUAAACAAACAAUUGGACACCGAGUUGAAGGCGCAGAAAGAAACCGUGAAAAAGGCGGAGAUGUGUUUCAUGGGAGACCUCGAGACCAUCAGGAAAGAACUUACUCGCUCCUGCAAGAACAAUCAAGAGUUAGAAGUCACUAAUAGUGAAUUGAAGGAAGAGGUCGAAUCUCUGGAAAAGCAGCUAGCUUUGACGCAGAAAGCUUUAACUCAGUGCAAACGGAAGUGUGACGAGAAGAUAAAGACUUUGAGUCACGAAUUGUCCAUUAAAACGGAGGAGUUGGAGGAAUUGAGGAGUGAAACCAUGAGGCAGUCAUUCCACGCCUCUCGCGUAGAACUAAAGCCGGAUAGAACUGAAUAUAUAGACGAAGGCUAUUCCGUAUACACGGCGGUACCAAAGAAGACAGACUACGGGAGGAUGCACCACAGCAUGAGCUACAUAACGUCGGAGUCUCGUUGCUCUUGUCCAUCGAUGCGCAGCCAACUGGUCUCACAACUGAUCGAAGACUUGUUUGAAAGGGUUCACAACACUAUAGACGACGACCUGACCAGACUGUGCAACGACAUCAAAUUGAUUAAUAGUAGAGAAGUAACUGCUGAUACCAAAGCGAAAAUUACAAAUUACCUCUUAAUGGCUAUCUCGAAGGAGCUCGUUAGGUCUAUAGGGGACGCUGACGCUAAGACUGAUACAGAGGAGUGGCAGCGCGCGGCGUCGUCGAUGUCAUACUCGGCUGGCGGGCUGGCAGCGAGUGCGGGCGCGGGUAACGCGGGCGUGGUGGCGGGCGCGGCGCGGCUGGCGUCGGUGAGCUGCGCGUGCGCGGCGGCGCGCCUGGCCGCGCAGCGCCCCGACCUCGCGCACGCCGUCAAGCUGUGUCAGGAGGAAGUUCUGGAUCACGGCGAUGUUAAAAUUAUGGAGGAGCAAUUAGCGAAUGCAAUCGAAAGUAUUGUUAAUUGUCCAUCUUGUGCGUUGGGUACAAAUGCGAUAGUUUGGAGCACGGAUGUCUAACAACGCCAUUUCGUGCAAUUUUAUGUGUAAUACCUCCACCGACCUCACUCUGGUGCCUUCAUUAGUUAAGCCGUUAGCAACUUACGAACUGUAAAUAUAUUUGUAUCAUAAUAAAGUAAUACUCCUAUUUUAUGAAUAACGUAAGCGAACCAUAUCGAACAAGUGUACCUACAUUCGAAUAAGACAACUUUUAAUACGCAUGAAUUCUCGACGUAUUUUUGUUUUUAUUUUGUCCAUUUCUGUGCCAAUCGUGUUUUGAUGUAAACUUGCCUGCAAUAAAACUCGACAAUUUAAUUGUCAGGCUUCUUUUAGAACUGAAACUCGAUUUGGUUCUAAAUGUAUCAGAUCUGAUGAUUUAUGUGUACAUUAAAUCAAUAAUUCUGUCAUGAAUUUUGUAUCGAAUAAAUCAAAAUUGUCGACGGAUAUUCUAAAUUGUGUGAAUUAGUUUUAUUGUGGGCAAGUGUUGUUUGUGUAAAUAAUAUUAUAUCAUUCGAUGACGAAUCAAUGUUUUGUUUUAUUAACAAUCGAGUCACUCACAAAAUUAGAUACAUUGUCUGUCUCUAUUUUAUAUAUUAAAAAUGGUUUUAUUUAGGAGGAGAUGAUUCAUUGAUCGAUUAAAAUUAUUAUUUAAAA